AUGACCGAAUCCAACAAUAAGGGAGAUGUAUACUUUAUAUCUCAUGGUGGCCCGGUGACAGGUGAUCAGAAGCAAUCUGAGCCGUACAAAGCCUGGGAAUCCGUCGGUCGGAUCAUCGACGCCAACCCUCCCAAGGGUAUAGUGAUAGUUUCGGCACAUUGGGAGAAUCAUAAGGACGAUGGAGUACUAGUGAAUUGCAACCCGACUAAUCCUGUGGUAUACGAUUUCUAUAAUUUUCCAAAACACUUCUAUACUCUCAGAUUUCAAUCGCAUUUUGAUCGAGAACUUGAGGAAAGUGUACUUCGUGUGUUGGGCGAUGAAGGAGUCCGUGUAGGAAGGCAAGAUAGAGGAUUAGAUCAUGGGAUAUGGAUCGCUUUCAGAGCCAUGUUUGGUGAAUCCACCAACAUCCCCAUCAUCCAGGUUUCCUUACCUUCCACUGAGAAUGCUCUGGAUAGCGUAAAGCUGGGUAAGGCAAUAGGUAAAUUGAGACAUCGGGGGUACACGAUCGUGGGCAGUGGUCAGGGGACACAUAAUGUCAGAGAUCUAAUUCAAGGAAGACCAAUGCCUUAUUCAUGGCCUUUCCUAUCUUUGCUUCAACGAUCCAUCAGGUCUUCCGACCCCAUAUCCUCCACUCUAAACCUCCUCCACCAACCAUUAUACCGCCUUGCUCAUCCAUCGGAUGAACAUUUCUUUCCCCUCUUUGUCUCCAUGGGUGCGGUCGAUCCGGAGGACAAGAGGGAUGAUGUCUAUAUGGGGGUGGUAGAUCUCAAAGGGAACAAUGUGGAGGAUCAAGGAUUGGGAUGGUGUCUGUGGAGAUGGAAGAGCUGA